CCACUCUUCCGCGAAACUUCGAAUUCGAAUCGUUGCAAAAUGACGAUUAGUUGACUUUUAUUAUCACAACAAGUGCGGUGUCGUCAUGUUUCGCUCAUCACACCAUUAAAAUUCGCCAUUUGACAUCCAAUAGCCAAAGGUGUGCGAGUUGGCGCGAGUUUGUUAUGAAUUGAAUUUUUGUGACCACGUUUCGGAUUUUCGGUGAUAACUUUAGUGUUGGACUUUCAAUUAAAACUACAACAUUUUUUUCAAAAGUUUUUAAAUGGGCCUCCUUUUGUACACUUGUGUCCUAAUGGCCCUCCUCACCCUACUUUACAGGAUAAGUUCAGUGGCCCGUUAUUACCUAAAAUAUGUAUUUUUCGGACUGUCUAGUUGUUUCCUGGCUUCGGCCCCCAUACCUCUCAUGUUGCGUAAACCACGCGACCCCAAAAACGCCUUGAUUCCAGCCUGGGGUAUUCGAAUGGCGUGUCGUUUAAUAGGGGUCACUACUAGUCUCGAAGGUCACGAAAACAUCGUCAAGGACUCGGGUUGUGUGAUUCUAAUGAACCACCAAUCAAUGCUCGAUUUAUUAAUUUUGGCCGAACUGUGGCCGGCUAUGGACAACUGCACCGUCAUUUCCAAAAAGGAAAUUUUGUACUUCCAGCCCUUUGGGCUCGCGGCCUGGCUUUGGGGCACGAUUUUCAUCGACAGAGUGAAGAAAGAGCACGCUCAAGCGGCCGUUAACAAAACCGGAGAGACGAUAAGGACUCGCAAAGCGAGAGUACUUAUGUUCCCCGAAGGGACAAGGAACAGUAAAGAGACGCUCCUGCCCUUCAAAAAGGGGGCUUUCCACGUGGCUUUGGCCUCGAAGUGUCCCAUCCAGCCCGUGGUGGUCAAUCGGUACAGGUUUUUGGGGAAGCACCGGUUUGACGACGGGCAUUUGAGGAUCAAGAUUUUGCCUGCUAUUUCCACAGAAGGGUACACGGUGGAAAAUAUGCAAGAAUUGAUGGAUAAAACUUACAAAAUUAUGGCACACGAAGUCGAUGUUUUGACCAAAGAAGUGGACGCAGGGAAGAUGAAAAAAGAAUAGGGAUUUAUACACUUGUGUACAUACUUUUUUGUAAUUUAUUAUUAUCUUAAUUAAAUAAUUAAAUUUUCUUUUAAUUUAAA